CCCAAAUCAGUCGCACCCACCAGCCAACUCUCCCCUGUCAUACGACAGCUAUCUGCCAGGGAUAGGUGAACGCUAACAUGUGAUUCAUCUGAGGCACAUGAAGCCUUCCAACUGCAUCUUUUAGACUGUUUAUCAUGCUGCAUCACAGGGCGGUGUAACACACUCAGAGGAAGGCGUUAGGCGACACACACACACACAUCAGAUUGGCUAGCGUUGCUGUGACUGACAGGGAAGAGACAGUGUUCUCCAUCCAAUUCAAUUUAGUCUCCAACUAUUCAAGUUUGUUUCCUAAAACCCCUGACAAUGGAUAGCUGUGGCAUUGCUGGCAUUCGAACUAGUGAUUUCCCCAUAAGGCAAAAGUUAUUAUGCUGUAAUACAAUUUUUUUCUGUUAGAAAAUGGUGCAUAUAACCAUACUGAUCAUCACCACCAACAACAACAACAAUGAUGAAGGGGUUUGUGGUUGUUGUUGUUUUAGUGAUGCUGUUGAUAAUAAUUGUAUUCUUGUUUAUUUUACUGUUACUGUUAUUUAGUGUUAUGUAUGUAUGUUAUGUAUUUAUUCCUACAAGAAAUUUAAAGCUAUUUUUUAUUUCUAUUUUCCUGAUUUUAUUCCCAGACCUCAAAUUGUUUCAGUCUCAAAAAGUGUGUGUGUGUGAGUGAGUGAAUGUGUACUUAAGGGGCGGAGGGGGAAAGGGGCGGAGCUUCUUUCACAUCCAGCUCGCGCUCAGUUGAGAGGUUUUCAUCGCAAGAGACGGACUUGGUUUCACGCGCAGUGCAGCCUUUUCAUCAUGCCGUUCUUGGAUUUGCGUACUCCAUUCCCAGUAUUCCAUGCUAAGGAUUUUUACCUGACUUAAUGGAAGCUUCAUGACAUUACAUCAUAAGAAAUUUGGUUACUGAUUUACACUGGUACUCCAGAGCCCCUUAGUGGACUAAAGGGUGGAUUACACGGGUGGUAAACAGUCCAGCCAGAGACCAGGACCAUGGCUGACGUGGGCCUCAUAGAAAAGCACUACAACUACACUGGGAAAUUCCGUAAUUCAGAAAAGGAUUCCGGACUCAAGGCCGAUUCUGUUGUGUUUAUUAUUGUGUGCUGCUUCAUCAUUCUAGAAAAUGUGCUGGUUCUUCUCACCAUUUGGCGGACCAAAAAGUUCCACAAGCCAAUGUACUAUUUUAUAGGAAAUUUGGCUCUUUCGGACUUGCUGGCUGGAGUGGCAUACACAGCCAACAUCCUGCUCUCAGGAGCUAAUACAUUUAAACUGAGUCCCACGCAGUGGUUCUUCCGUGAGGGCAGCAUGUUUGUAGCACUGGCUGCUUCAGUCUUCAGCCUCUUGGCUAUUGCAAUUGAGCGGCACCUUACUAUGCUCAAAAUGAAGCUCCACAACAGUGGAAACACGUGCCGCGUCUUCAUGCUGAUCAGCACAGUGUGGUUCAUUGCUGCUAUCCUGGGUGGCUUGCCCGUCAUGGGCUGGAACUGCAUCUACAGCAUGAAGAACUGCUCAACAGUACUGCCACUCUACCACAAGACCUACAUCCUUUUCUGCACCACUGUGUUCAGCGUGAUCCUCAUGGCCAUCGUGGUGCUAUACGCCCGGAUCUACGCACUGGUUCGCACACGCAGCCGCAAACUCGUCUUCCGCAAGGUCUCGAAUGGCCGUGGGAGCGGGAACAAGAGCUCGGAGAAGUCCAUGGCCCUGCUGAAGACAGUCAUCAUUGUCCUGAGCUGCUUUAUUGUUUGCUGGGCGCCGCUCUUCAUCCUGCUACUUCUGGACGUAGCCUGUGAAAUCCGCAGCUGUGACAUCCUCUACAAUGCUGAGUGGUUUCUUGCUCUGGCUGUGCUGAACUCAGCAAUGAACCCUCUCAUCUACACGCUCACCAGCAACGAGAUGCGCAGGGCCUUCCUGAAGAUGCUGCUGUGCAAUGUGUGCACUCAGCCAUCUGGCAAGUUCUCCAGACCCAUCAUUGGGGCAGAGUUCAGCCGAAGCAAAUCGGACAAUUCAUCACAUCCCAAUAAGGAAGAGCCUGAGUACUCACCCAGGGAAACGGUCGUGUCCUCAGGAAACAUCGCAUCAUCAUCGUAAAAGGGACUGUGGACAUUUUCUUGCUCUUUCUUAUUUAGUGAAUGUAUGUGUUUGUGUGGAGAUCCUGCUGGACACCUAAGCCAGAGAGUUUGUCCAAUCCACACCACUCUCAGUAAGUGAGAAUAAAGCUUCGUUUUUAUCUAACUAACACCUACAUCUACAACAGUGUUAACGGAUCAUGGAGACAGACAGUUGAAGAGCUAAAGACGGACCAGGACACUGUGGACACUGAACAAACAACACGUUUGGGGUCAUUCUCAGCUGGUUCUUCAUCCACAUGCUGUGCAAUCAUAAGAUUGUGCUAAAGAUUUUCAUUUUAAUUAUGUUUCUCAACAUGUACAAAGUUUGAGUGUCCAUGAGUGGAUCUGAGUGGACAGAGUCUUUACGCACGUGUCUGAUCCACAUGUCUUCUGGAGCUGGUGUGGAUUAAAUUGGGAAAAAAUGGAUUCAUACAAACCGGAUAACUAAAAAAACACGAUCUAGAACAGCUUUUAUGUGUAAAUUGGCCUGGUUUAUAGUGUACAGUGUGUUUGAAUGGUUUUGUUAACAUUACAACAUUUACAAGCCAAUGUUUCUUAACCGGUAUGAAGGGCUUAACUGGGAGAACAGACUGAAACCUUUUUUUUACUCUGAAUUGCAAAAAUAUUAAAUAAGUGCAAGACUCUUGAAGGUCACAGCAGCACUGAAACGUCUUCCUCUGAUCGCAAAAUGCACUUACCAACC